GGUUGGCAUUGGUGAUCUCCUCUCUCCAGCCAUGCCAUGCACAUGUGCUCUCUUCGUUCCUAUAGCUUCCAGCCUCAUCAUGCUCCAUUGAAGGAGGGUGAGGGUCCUGUGCUCCAAAAGCCAACAGGUCCUAAUUCAUAAGAUGGCAGACAUGCUGCUGGGCUCCGCGCAAGGGGCCGUCGGGUCGCUACUUGGCCGGCUAACGUCGGCCCUCAUCGACGAGGCCCAGCAGCUCAGCGGCGUCCGGAGCGACGUGCAGUUCAUCAAGGACGAGAUGGAGAGCAUGCACGGCUUCCUGCUGCACUUCGCCGAGGCCACCGGCGACGGCGGCGACGAGGACCACCGGGUGCGCGCGUGGAUGAAGCAGGUGGCGGAGGUGGCCUACGCCUCCCAGAACUGCGUCGACCUCUACGUCCAGAGCCUCGGCGCCGGCGCCAGCGCGGGGAGCUACCUCCGCCGGCUGCCCCGGCUGCUGUGGACGCUGCCGGCGCGCCACCGCAUCGCGAGGCAGAUCAGAGAGCUCAAGGUCCGGGCUCGGGAGGUUGGGGAGAGGCGGAUAAGGUACGGCGUCAAAGCCCCUAAGGAACAGAAGCCCGCCAAGGCUUCGUCGUCGCUGGCUGCCGGAGACGAUGAAGACAAGGAGCUGGAAGACGCUCGGCGCCGUGCUUCGGCCGAAUUCAAGCCGGCUGCCCCAUUAUUGGAGCAAUUAUCUCGGGACGUCUGGAAGAAGACGACACUACAAACAGAGGAAGACGCAGAAGCUGCUGCGCCUCGGCCCAAAGUAAUUGCAAUCUUGGGGGAUCCCGACAGCAGGACUAAUUUUGCAAAGAAAGCAAAGACUUGGGAGGAUUGGGACUGCAUGGUUUGGAUCGAGGUGGGCCCUUUCUGUACUCCCAGCCGGUUACUCCGGAGCAUCCUGAAGAAGCUAUCAGCUCCGGUGCCAGAUCAGUUGGAAGCAUGGGGCCAUGAGAAGCUUGUGGAGAAGAUUCGGCUGCAUCUGAAAGAUAAAAGGUUCUUGGUUGUGCUCGACGACUUCUGGGACCGGGAUGGAACUCAUCUUUGGGAUUGCGUGAAAUCCUGUUUCCCUCCCGGCGACUGCACUCCGGGCAGUAAGAUAAUAAUUACCACAGGGUACCUUCCUCAAGCCAAGUCGCUUGUCCCCUCUGAAGUGUAUGACGUAUCAAGCUUGCAGUCUGACCACCGCAAAGAGCUUAUUUAUUCUUACUUGGAGGAAGCAAUGGGCCUAGUCAACAGCAACAACCAAAACCGUUAUGAUCUCUGUGAUGUUCUAAGGGACAUCAUCUCAAUAUUAGUAGAUGCAAUCCCCACAUGCAACUUUUUCCUUCAUGUUCUCUAUGGUAAUCCUAAUAGGACCAUAGAUGAGUUUCAGAGAUUGUUGCGGGACAAGCUUGGUUCAUCGCCGAACAAAGCAAAGCAAGUACUAAAGUUUGCUUACGAUGGCCUGUCGAGCAAUUGCAAGAGUUGCCUUUUGCAUCUGAGCAUUUUCCCUUUGAAAACAACCUUUGGGCAGACAGGAUAUGCUGCCCAUUCACGGACAAGAUUGGCCAUCUUUAAACGGGCAAGAUUGGUACGAAGAUGGGUUGCUGAAGGCAGGGUAAAGAAAAGAGGCAGACUGAUGAGUGCCAUGGAUGAAGCUGACCACUGCUUUGAUGUGCUUGCUGCCCACAGAUUUGUUAUUCCCAAGGACACCGAUGCUACCGGCAAGGUCAAAAGCUGUGUGAUGAAUGAUUUCAUCCAUGAUCUUAUUGCUGAGAUCGCUAGAGAGGAAACCAGGGACAACAUCAAGCUUCCACCAGACUUAGCUCAUCGCCUUUCAAUCAGCCAUGAAUUCCAACUCGCGCAAGCUGUGCAGCAAGUACAUGCAACCCGUUCCAACACCGCAACAAUGUUCUUGGAAUUGCUUCCUUCAUCAACUAACUUGAGGGGCCUGGAAGUGCUUGAUCUAGAAGAUUGCAAGGAAUUGACGGACCACCAUCUGAAGAACAUUUGCAACCAUGUUGUUAAGCUCAAGUACCUAAGCAUCCGGAAUACCGACAUUACCAAACUGCCCAAGAAGAUUGGCAAGCUCCAGUUUCUAGAGACUCUAGACAUUAGACAAACAGAGGUACGAGCUUUUGCCAAAAGAUACACUGUGCUUCCAAAGCUAAAGCAUCUACUUGCCGGUAAUCAACCGACUGACUACAUUAGCUUUGACAAGCUCCAGUACCAAGAGACUGACGUUCGACAAACCAAGGUACGAGUUUUUACCAAAAGACGUAUUGAGCUUCCAAAGCUAAAGAAUCUACUUUCCGGUGAUCAACCGACUGGCUACAUUAGCGAGGGCAGCACAAGAGUAGAAAAACCAUUUUUCACUGUCCAGAUGCCCCAUUGUAUUGGGGCCAUGACAGAACUGCAGGUGCUAACCCACAUUGCAGUUUCCAAAAAUGCCAGUGAGCUGACUGGAAUUUGCAACCUAAUUCAUCUGAGGAAGUUAGAAGUGGUUCUCCAGGACCCUGAGGGACGAGCCUUCAUGCAUUUGUACCAUGCAAUUGGGAAUCUGACCAGAAGUCUUGUCUCUUUGUCUAUCCGGAUCAUAGCUAACAACGUUAAUGCAGACAUGGGCAUGGAAGAGAUAUUACUAAUACCUCCAAAGUAUCUUCAGAAACUAGAAAUCAGUGGACUCAUAAAUGGACUGCCUCCUUGGGUUGAAAAGCUCAAGGAACUUACGAAGAUAACCCUGCAUAAAACUCCACUGUCACCUGUGGACAUUAAAAUCCUUGGCAUGCUCACUAGUUUGCGCUACCUUAGGCUUCAGGAGAAGUCAUCCAGUGAAAGAACACUAGCCUUCAGCAAAGAUGGAUUUCAAAGCCUCGUGUUCCUCGUUAUAGAGUUCUCAGGCAUCACUAGCAUCAGCUUUGCUGAUGAAGCCACCACUCCUCAGCUCUAGAAGAUAGUUUGGUCUUCGAGUAUCGACCAACUUUCUCUUUCUGGGAUCGAGCACCUUCGAAACAUCAGAGAGGUUAAUCUGAAAGGCAACUUUGACCUCGGAAGGGUGGAAAGAGCACUUGACGCAAACAAAAACAAACCCAUCUUGAAAGCAAACAGGACAUGAUGCUCAGAACUAGGACCUGCCAUCUCUGCUCCUUAACUUCAUUGCACGCUUCAGCUUCAACACUUAAAUUGUGGCCCAUGUUUACCAACCUUUCAGUCUUCUUACAUGCUUAAGUGUCGGUUUGUACAAGUUUAUAUGCACUUUCUUAUGGUUACUGUCGUAGGUGUCCUUUUAUUCGACCUUUGUGUUGCAUGAUGUAAAUUAAACUUGUAUGUCAUGUGCUGUAAAACUGGACUUAUGUGUUGUGUUUUAUACAUGGUUAUCAUUCAUUA